AAACGUCUGAACUUGGAGUAACACGUCAGUCUACUAAAGUGCAGAAGCCGGCUGAUAGGCAGCGAGCCCCUCACCGUCGUCUUUCUGUCUUGUACGCCCGUCUGCUUCCACCUCCAAAUGCUGUAAUUUGUUUCCAACACAGCCGACUCGUUAGCUUUUGUCCAGACCCGAGGCCAACCCGAUAGAAAAGCUCCGUGAUGACGACCUACCAGGAGUUCAUCCAACAGAACGAGGACAGGGAUGGAGUGAGAUUCAGCUGGAACCUAUGGCCCUCCAGCCGCUUGGAAGCCACCAGGCUAGUGGUCCCAGUCUCCUGCCUCUUCACACCACUCAAGGAGCGGCCUGACCUGCCACCGGUCCAGUACGAACCAGUCCUGUGCAGCCGGGCCAACUGCAAAGCUGUGCUCAAUCCACUAUGUCAAGUUGACUUCAGAGCAAAAAUAUGGGCGUGCAACUUCUGCUUCCAGAGAAACCCAUUUCCUCCCUCUUAUGCCGGCAUAUCAGAAGUAAACCAGCCGGCUGAACUCAUGCCACAGUUUUCAACGAUUGAGUACAUAGUACAGCGUGGACCCCCGGCACCUCUGAUCUUCUUGUAUGUGGUGGACACAUGUUUAGAAGAAGAGGACCUCCAAGCCCUCAAGGAGUCCCUGCAGAUGUCCCUCAGUCUGCUGCCACCCAAUGCUCUGGUUGGUCUCAUCACAUUCGGACGCAUGGUUCAGGUUCACGAGCUCACCUGCGAGGGGAUCACUAAGAGCUACGUGUUCAGGGGCACCAAGGACCUCACCUCUAAACAGAUCUAGGAGAUGCUUGGUUUAUCCAAACCAGCAACAUCAGGUCAGCAAGGUCGCCCGCCAGCACCUCAGGAUGCUUCAGCCUCUUGCAAGUUCCUUCAGCCCGUGCAUAGAGUCGAUAUGAAUCUGACUGACUUGCUCGGCGAGCUCCAGAGAGACCCGUGGCCUGUCCCUCAGGGCAAGCGACCUCUCCGCUCAACUGGCGUCGCACUGUCUGUUGCUGUCGGUCUGCUGGAGGGCACAUUCCCCAACACAGGGGCUCGUGUGAUGCUGUUUAUCGGAGGGCCCCCCACCCAGGGCCCAGGCAUGGUGGUGGGAGAUGAGUUGAAAACCCCCAUCCGCUCCUGGCAUGACAUCCAAAAAGACAAUGCCCGCCAUUUGAAGAAAGCCACCAAGUAUUAUGAAACCAUGGCCAACCGCUCGGCAGUGAAUGGACACAGUAUUGAUAUCUACGCCUGUGCCCUGGACCAGACCGGACUGCUGGAGAUGAAGUGCUUAUCUAAUCUAACUGGGGGGCACAUUGUGAUGGGAGACUCCUUCAACACAUCCCUGUUCAAGCAGACCUUCCAAAGAGUGUUUAGCAAAGACUACAAUGGAGACUUCCGCAUGGCCUUUGGAGGCGUCCUGGAAGUCAAGACCUCGAGGGAGCUGAAGGUUUGCGGGGCCAUUGGACCUUGCGUUUCACUCAACUCCAAGGGCUCCUGUGUUUCCGAGAAUGAGAUGGGCGUUGGUGGCACGAGCCAGUGGAAAGUGUGCAGUCUCAACCCCUCCACCACUUUGGGCAUGUAUUUCGAGGUGGUGAAUCAGCACAAUGCACCAGUACCCCAGGGUGGCCGAGGGGUGAUCCAGUUUGUAACCCAGUACCAGCACUCGAACACUCAGAGGAGGAUACGGGUCUCUACCAUCGCCAGGAACUGGGCAGAUGCACAGUCUCAAAUUCAGCACAUCGAGUCCUCGUUCGACCAGGAAGCGGCUGCUGUUCUCAUGGCCCGCCUGGGUGUCUUCAGAGCCGAGUCGGAGGAGGGGCCAGACGUCCUGCGUUGGCUCGACAGGCAGCUUAUCCGCCUGUGUCAGAAGUUUGGCCAGUUUAACAAAGAAGAUCCUACAUCCUUCAGACUGUCAGAGUCUCUGUCCCUCUACCCACAGUUCAUGUUCCACCUGCGACGGUCGCCCUUCCUGCAGGUGUUCAACAACAGCCCAGAUGAGUCCUCCUAUUACAGGCACCACUUCGUCAGGCAGGACCUGACCCAGUCCCUGAUAAUGAUCCAGCCCAUCCUCUACUCAUACUCCUUCCAUGGACCACCAGAGGUCAGCCUCACACCUUCCAUGCCAUUAUCCUCAAUCCCUGAUCGAAUCCUGCUGAUGGACACUUUCUUCCAGCUGGUUAUCUACCAUGGAGAGACCAUAGCCCAGUGGCGAAAGGCAGGCUACCAGGAAAUGGCAGAGUAUGAGAACUUCAAACAGCUGCUGCAGGCUCCACUGGACGACGCCCAGGAGAUCCUGCAGACACGCUUCCCCAUGCCACGCUACAUCGACACAGAGCACGGAGGCUCGCAGGCUCGCUUCCUGCUCUCCAAGGUCAACCCAUCACAGACCCACAACAACCUCUACGCCUGGGGACAGGAGACAGGAGCCCCGAUCCUCACUGAUGACGUCAGCCUGCAGGUCUUCAUGGACCACUUGAAGAAACUGGCUGUUUCCAGCUCUGCAUAGACAUUUCAGUGCGAUCACAAAGAGAGAUGGAGUGAUCCAACAUUCCCGUUCUUAUAUAGGAAUCCAAUAACAUUUCAUGUUUUAUUUGUAAAUGAGAGUCUACUGUACGUGCGUGCUUGAUUUUACUAUACCCUUAAUGGAGUCAUGUGUGACGUUUCCAUGCUGGGAAAGGAGCAGAAAAAAAGGGGAAGCAGCACAUUCCUAAAAAGAAAACAAGUGACAUUUGUACUCAUUAUCAUUAACUUGUUAUUUAUGAGAAACCGCUUGAGUACUUCAGAACCAGACUCUCCUCAUGUAAACAAUAUUAAAUUCUCUAUUUCUCUUUUAUAUUUGAUAUGACCUCUGAAUGAUUAGGCUAAUUUAAUGUUUUGUUUUCUUUUUGUUUGUGUAUGUACUGCAUCACUCUUGGUUGAAAACGCUGUUUAUUAGAAAGCUUAUAUGUGUUUGCUUGUCCAUAGCUAAAGAUGACAUGCCUAGAAUUUUCUAAUGAAUAAAUUAUAAUGGUACCUCUAAUGCUGGUUAAGAGAUGUUCACAGGGCUCGUCACUGAUGGCUUGUUAAUCGCAGCUUAUUUGAAAAUGACAGAGAUAAAAUCCUCAGUGGAUUAUACCUAAAGUGUUUUCCAAGAAAAUUCCCUCUGAAUAUUGAGGACUAAUGUUCUUAAGGAAUGCAAGUCAAUCACAUCAAGUCAACUGAGACUGACUCUGUUUUCAAUGACGAACAUUUAGAUUUAUUUUUAACCGCCACUCUGCAUAGUUCAGUCUCAUCUUGUCUCGUUCACCAUCUGGUAUUAUGCACCCAAUGACUGCCCAGGUAUAUUUGUAAUCAAACUUUAAUAUACUGUAAGACUGUAUAAAAGGGACAGUUUGAUUUUUGAUCCUGUCUGGACUCUUAAUGCUAACCCUAUAAAGGUCUGUGUGUGUCGACAGGAAAA